CGCAAAGAGGGGAGCGAAGGAAAAAAAAUAUGCAUGGAAACAAAUGCUUGUCUACCAUCUUGUGACCGAAACUCACAACAGGUGUGAGUACAUCGGGAUUGUAAGGGGAAUCGGAUUGGCUGUUCGUCAGUAAUAUCACAAUUUUUUUUUCUGAAAUCAGAGUUUAUUCCAGAAGACAAGAGCAAUGCUGAAGUGCAGAGUGAUCGAUGAGAGGCGCGAGGGAGGUUUACACAGAGUUGAAUGGAAGCCGAGGAGAUCACUCGUGCACAGAGGAUAGAAACAAGCAAGAGUUUUCUCCCUUUUGUGCCAGGCUUUGUGCAGGGAGCAGCGUUUGGACUUUUACUUCUGCAGAAGACAUUCCAGUGGAUCCAAGCUGAUUCGGUGCGACAACCGAGGAAGUAAUUUUCCGAUGGGGAACGACACCUCGGAGACGGAUUUACUGGCUGCCCGAGCUCGUCAGAAUGUGGUUCUAUGCAUCCUGGGAAUCCUCUUCAACUCCGUCCUCGUCGCAGUCGUCUGCAAGUCCCCCCGCUUGCGCAAGUCGGCCAAGUAUCAGCUGGUGGUCAGCCUAUCAGGAGCGGACAUCCUGGUCUCCAGCAUUUACCUGCCUCUGGACACCUGCAUGGCCUUCAACAACGGCACGUGGCCCUUCGGCUGUCCCCUUCUCUUCUUCGCCUACGGCCUGCAGGAGUUCGUUGUUCCCACUGUGACAGCCUUGACCCUGGCGGCCAUCUGCCUAGAGUACGCCGUGACGAUCUUUUUCACGGUGACCCCUCUGGUGCGGAGGAGAGUGGUCCUGACCGGGGUUCUGCUUCCCUGGUUGCUGGGACUAGCGGCGUGGAUCCCAGUGUACACCGCGCGUGUCAUAACAUCUGGCGGCAGCUUCUCGGAGUCUUGCACCAGCGCCAACUGGACCCUGGCCGGUCUCGUGGCCCUCCUGGGCGCGUUCGGGUUUGCACCUUUGACCUUCCUGCUGGUGGCGCUGGUGCUGCUAGUCGUGGCACACUGCUGCCGCCAGCCGGACGAGCGGCUUGCCGUGCGCACCAUCAUCGCCAGGAGCGAAGGGGUGUACCUGACCCACGAAAUGUUCGACACUUUCAUCGCCGGACUCAUCUCCGUCGUCUUCAGCCUGCCUUUCUUGAUAGAGCUGACCUCGCAUUUAGAGUGUGACGUGUUCUUGGUGUGCCGGAGCACUGCCAGGAUACACCACUUUGUGGAGGUGCUGAGAACAGCGGAGUCUGUCUUCUUUCCCGCCAUCUGGAUGCUGGGAGCAGAGUUCAGGCAUGGCCUCUUCACCUCCUCGGUCUGCUGUUACAAGUAUUGUGACAUGGAUGUAGAAGGACCAGUGACCGUGAGAUAAGUUUUUGUUUUCUUUCACAACCACUCUCCACUCCCCCCAACUUAAUUUUUUUUAAUAAAAAACCUUAUAAGACAAUACACUUAAGUUAAUUGAAACUUGGCAAUAACAAUCACAGUGUUUAUGAGACAGGGCUUUAUACUGAUGCACCAAGCUGUGUUAUAACGGAAGUAUCACAUUUGUCAGCCAGGUGUGAGUGUGCGAGCAUGCGUGCCCUUUAGAAAGCGUGCACGUGCAUGCAGUGGUGUGGUUUGUAAUAUAUAUGUGCGUGUGAGUGGGUAAAAAAAGAUGCGCAAUUAGACGAAACAGCGUAAAUGGUUGCCAGUCCAUCUCACCAGUUAUCAGCAACUCCAGUCUUCUAAAGAUUUUCUUCACGGAUCAGCAAACAUCCGACACGGAUUAUGAAGCAGCCUAUCGCAGGCGUGAAACUAAUUUUCAGGAGUUAAUUUUCGCGUGGCUUGCGAUGGAGGCAAGUGUAUGAGUACACCUUCCUUCCCAGCAUUCACCGGGGCUCUCUCGGGCGAACCCAAAGAUCUGCAAAUGUUCUGUAUAAUUCUCGAUAAUCUGAAAAUACCGCCCAGUAUCAUUUACCAUGACUUGAAUGUCGAAGACCUCUGUACACGUGGAAUCUUCAUCUGUGAAUUCCAAUCUCCCAAGAUUAGGAAGCAGUUCACACGAAGGCAUGCGAAGGGAGGAGCUGACAAUUCCACAAGUCUGAACUAAUUCUGUAUGACA